AUGUCUCGUUUCUUGAGUACUGCUGCCUGGCGAACGUCCGUCUCUAUCUUUACCCGUACCCCCCAACAAAAGUUCCUCCUUACCGGAACGUUGCGCAAGAUGUCGACAGCUGAUUACGAGCACAUUCUGACGUCCAAGCCCGAGCCAACCGUCUCGCUGAUUACCCUCAAUCGUCCGAGAGCACUCAAUGCGCUAUGCUCGCCUCUGUUCGUGGAGCUGAAUGAUGCCCUCAGGAAAGCAGACGAAGACCCGGAAGUCGGAGCCAUUGUUUUAACUGGUAGCGAGAGAGCAUUUGCAGCUGGCGCAGAUAUCAAGGAGAUGAAAGACAAGGAAUUCUCUGAUGUCUACAAAAACAACUUCCUCGAGAACUGGGCCACAAUGACCAAGAUCCGGAAGCCAAUCAUCGCUGCAGUUAGCGGCUUUGCUCUUGGGGGAGGAUGCGAACUUGCUUUGAUGUGCGACAUCAUUCUGGCUUCACCCACCGCCAAGUUUGGCCAACCGGAAAUCAACCUCGGUGUCAUUCCUGGUGGGGGAGGCUCCCAACGAUUGACACACGCGAUCGGCAAGUCCAGGGCUAUGGAAAUUAUACUGACUGGUCGUCAGUUCUCUGCUCUGGAGGCCGAGCAGUGGGGCGUAGUGAGUAAGGUCGUUGAAGAGGGCGAGGGUCAAGUUGUCAAAGAGGCCGUGGCCAUGGCUAAAGUUAUCGCGAGCAAGUCGCAGAUUGCAGUCCAGGCUGCAAAGGAGGUCGUCAAUGCCGCGUACGAGUUGAGUUUGCCCGAGGGGCUGAGGUUCGAGAGGCGCAUCUUCCACGGAAUGUUUGCCACCAACGACCAGAAAGAAGGCAUGGCGGCCUUUGCCGAAAAGCGCAAACCAAACUUCUCUCAUUCAUAA